AAAGUAUUCAAAAGACUUCUCUUCUCCAACAGAAGGUAUGAUCAUGAAAGCUGUAGAUUUUAUAUUUUACAUUUUGGCGUCCGAUUAAACAAAAUGAUAGAGAACUUCUAACAUUCAAGACAAAGAAAUUGUGUUUUCUCGAUUUUCUUUAUCAUGGAUUUGUUAAUUGAUUGACAAAGACCAGAUUAAUAUUCUGUUUGCCCAUUUGGUGACUGACAUAAGGUGAUAAUUAGCCAUUUAUCCUGGAGCGAGGAAAAUUGGUAGCCCAUUUGUUGAUUAAGAUUUCUGUUUCUUUUGCAAGUUAAUUGAGGGACUGAAUUAGCUAUUUCAAGAGAAAUUGAAUUUUCAAGGAGCUAAUUGAAGGAGUGAAUUCUCAUCUUUGGAUAGAUUUAGUUUUAGGCCCUUGUUCUUACAGUGAGUUUACAACGGAAUUUGUACCAGUCAAGAAUGAACAUACAACACUGUCUCCUCCUCUGUCUCUUAAAUCUUGCUUAUUUUCUUGCUCUUGCUGGAGGGAAGAAUACAUUUCAGCUUUCUACCAAUUUUAGAAGGAGUAGCUUUCCUGAUGGUUUUGUGUUUGGAGCAGGGUCAAGUUCUUACCAGUAUGAAGGAGCAACAGAACUAGAUGGCAGGAGACCUAGUAUAUGGGAUACUUUCACCAGCGAACAUCCAGAAAAAAUUGAAGACCACAGUAGUGGGAAAGUUGCUGAGGAUUUCUACCAUCAUUACGAGGAAGACAUUACCCUUUUGAAAGGAAUUGGUUUGGACUCCUAUAGAUUCUCAAUCUCUUGGCCAAGAAUAUUUCCUGAGGGGAAAAUUACCAGGGGAGUGAACUGGGAAGGUGUCAACUUCUACAAUUCUCUCAUAGACAAGCUCCUUUCCAAUGGUAUACAGCCCCUUGUGACCCUAUUCCACUGGGAUGUUCCACAAACCCUUGAAGAUGAGUACAAGGGACUCUUAAGCCCUAACAUUGUGAAUGAUUAUUACGAUUUCGUAGACUUCUGCUUUAAAGAAUUUGGUGAUAGAGUGAAGCACUGGGUCACUGUCAAUGAGCCUAAUCUGAUGAGUAUGUAUGGAUAUGCAUAUGGUUAUAAUGCACCUGGUCGGUGUUCUGAUUAUAUCGGAAACUGCACCGAGGGGAACUCCGCGACAGAACCAUACAUAGUAGUCCACCAUUUGAUUCUUUGCCAUGCAGCUGCUGUGAAAUUAUACAGAGAAAAGUAUCAGGCUUCUCAAGGAGGACUUAUUGGGAUUACAGUAUUCACAGCUUGGAUGGUUCCCAAAUAUGAUAAUGUUGCUAGCAGGAAGGCUGCCUCUAGAGAACGCGAUUUUUUGAUCGGAUGGAUUAUGCAUCCAAUUACUUAUGGCGACUACCCGGUGACCAUGAGAUAUUUUGUGGGUAAUAGACUGCCAGAAUUUACAGAAGCACAAGUAAAAAUGGUGAUAGGAUCCUUUGAUUUCAUUGGAGUAAAUUACUAUACAGCAUCAUAUGCAGAAGACAUUACAUCUUAUAGCAGCGUCAAUCUGAGUUAUACAACCGAUAGCCGAGUUAAUAAAACAACUGGGAAGAAUGGAAUUCCUAUUGGUGAACCAACUGGUUGCAGCUGGCUAUACAUAUACCCAAAAGGACUUCAUAAACUUAUGCUGUAUCUAAAGAGAAAAUACAACCAUCCUGCCAUUUACAUCACUGAGAAUGGAAUGGGUGACAGUAGCUCAUUAUCACUUGCUGAAGCUCUAGAAGAUAGGUUGAGGAUAAAAUAUCACCAUCUUCAUCUAUUAUCUCUCUUAAAAGCUAUCAAGGAAGGUGUUGACAUUAGAGGAUACUAUAUUUGGUCAUUUCUAGACGACUUCGAAUGGGAUCAGGGUUACACUGUUCGAUUUGGGAUCACUUACAUAGAUUACACAAAUAAAUUAAAAAGAUAUAUCAAACAGUCUGCUUUCUGGUUCAAGAAUUUCCUUCAAAAGGAGAACAGAACCACUGCAUCUUCUUUGUUGUACUCGGAAUGAUUAAGAUAAAAAUAACUGUCAAUUACCUCUCAAA